GAGCACAGUGCGUUUCCUUCACGGUGUAUUGCGGAGGGCGUUCCUGAUGCCUACGCGCCAUACGGGGAUCCAUAAAGUAACUUAAGGUGAGGCGGUCGGCAGUCAAUAUGCUUCUGUCAAAGUCGGUGUGAGAAAGAGAAGAAGAAAAUAAUAAUAAAGAUAUUUAUCGUCCCCUCUCGCCCUGUCUUGAACGCCGUUACACGGGAAUGGCUGGGGAAGUGGAUACCAGACUGUUGCACUCUUGAUAAAGGUAAAGCCAGAGUUAACGUAGUAGAGGUCAAGGAGAUCCACUCCAUCUUCAGUUCUGACCCUCGCAUUCCCCUGACCACUACCCUGUUUCAUCUUUUUUAUCCUCAAACCAAGGAUCAAAAUGGUUCCUACAGAUGAAAACACCACUAUCUUCUCCAUCAUGGAGAACUGCACCAAUUACACCAGCUCCACCAGCUCCACCAACUCCACCGAUGCCGAUCGAGAGAUGGACACGACCAAGACGGUGGCUCUGUCCAUAGUGCUGACGGCCUUCCUCUUCUGCGGCGUCCUGGGCAACAUCCUGGUCAUCCUGUCCGUGGUGUGCCACCGCAACCUGCGCUCCGUCACACACUUCUUCAUCGCCAACCUCGCCGCCGCAGACCUGCUGCUCAGCUCCGCCGUGGUGCCGUUCAGCGCCGUCUCCGAGGUCCUCGGCAAGUGGGUGUUCGGCCGGGCCUUCUGCACCGCCUGGGCGGCGCUGGACGUCCUCUGCUGCACCGCCUCCAUCCUCAGCCUGUGCGUCAUCUCCGUCGACCGCUGCCUGGCCGUCACCUACCCCCUGCGCUACCCGGCCAUGGCCACCGAGAAGCGGGGGCUGGCCGCCAUGGUGGUGCUGUGGGUGGUGUCGGCGGGGCUGUCGGUGGUGCCGCUGUUCGGCUGGAAGGAGAGCGACCCGGAGGACGAGACGGUGUGCCUCAUCACCGAGGAGCCGGGCUACGCCUUGUUCUCCAGCCUGGUGUCCUUCUACGUCCCGCUGGCCGUCAUCCUGGCCAUGUACUGCCGCGUGUACGUGGUGGCCAAGCGCAAGUCCCGCCGGAACCAGGGCGGCCCGGCCGGCGAGGGGCUGGCGCUCCGGAUCCACCGCGGGAAGGCCCACGCGGCGGAGAAGGAGGCGGAGGAGAAGGCCGCCGAGACGGAGGCGUCGACGUGCGAGCGGCGCGUGCUGCUGGCGCUGAAGAAGUUCCUGACGUUCUCCCGGGAGAAGCAGGCUGCGAAGACCCUGGGAAUCGUCGUUGGUUGCUUCAUCGCCUGCUGGCUACCCUUCUUCCUGGUCUUGAGCAUCGGGUCCUUCUUCCCAUCAUGCAAGCCGUCUGACACAGUGUUCAAAGUGUGCUUUUGGCUGGGCUACCUCAACAGCUGCAUCAACCCCAUGAUCUACCCCUGCUUCAGCCAGGAGUUCAAGAAGGCCUUCCAGAAUGUUCUGUGCUGCCGCUGCUUCCGCCGCAGGCGGAGGCCCACCCUUGGCCACUCCAAGAAGGGCAGUGGUCCCAAGGCGGGCCACAUGAUGGUGUUAAACACUCGGGGGUGCUCCCCUUGCUGCCGCCAGGGCCGGUCCACUUCGUCCGCUAGCGGAGGAAAGUGUGCUCGGUCACUUAAGGCCUGGUGCUUCUCUGCACACGACAGCAGCGGGACGCCCCAAAACGACCACACCACCACAACCAAGGGACAGGCGGAAAAAACCAUGCAAGCCUCCCUGGAAGUGGCCGGUGAUGCAGUGUGAUCUAGCUAUUACUUCUAUGGUUAGAACUGCAACAUUCCAGUGUUCAACCUUAAACCGUCGCCAUUCCAGCGUGCGUUAACCAGACGGGCACUGGAUUUCAUGUUGCAGCAGCCAAAACCUGUCGAAGUGAUUAGAGAUCAGCCAAAGACCGCAAAGUGAAUCGACAGUGUACAGUUCUUAAUUGUGUAUAUAAUUUCCCCUUUUUGGCGUUGUUGACAUAGGCCUAACUCUGCUAAUCUGUUGAAGUGGCUGAAUAGCCUGCAGCAGAGUAAUUGUUGAUCAUGUGUUUUAGUGCGUUCCUAUAUUGAAUCGAUGGACAUCAAUGAUCAAUGGGGGGGACUUCUUAUAUUAGGUAAAAGCACUGACUGAGAAGUAUCGUAACAGACUCUUAUUGAUUUCAUAAUGAUACAUUAAAUGAUCUAUCGAUCAUCCUGGGUUGAAAGCUUAGUUAAGAGGUGCCAUUGGAAAGAGUAAUCUCUGUUCACCGGUUCAUGUAAACGACAGCGAAGCCCCUGGCCGGGAAACUAACCAAGAUCUGACCUCGUACAUAUUCUCCUUGUCCUUCUGUGAACACUAAACAACUCCACUGAUUGGUCUCAAGGUGAACAACAUUGUGUUUUUCUCUAGUCUUAUGUUGUGUCAGCAGUGUGAAGACAAGAGCUCUGUAACUCGAUACCACGGCAAGUGAUCUUAAAAGUCGUUUGGAUAAUGUGUUGCUCCUGUGUGACUCACUCACGUUCCAGUGAUGAGGUGACUCUCGAUCUGAAGUGCCGAGAGAGACGUUUUUUGUUUUGGCAUGGUGUAAUGAGGAAACAGAAGAAAUGCAUUGACAUCAGUUGAUGUAAAAGUGACUGACAGGCCUCAAUAUCAGAACAGUAGCCUCUGAUGUCCAGCGUUGCCAUGGCGAUAUAUAAUUUCCUCCACAAACAAACUAUAUUCGUCUCAUACAAUUGAUCGUCACAUUAAAUCGACGACCAAUAUUAUCAUAUGUCAGGGCAUGUUUUGUAUGUUAUGGAUAGGAAAUUAUUAACAAAGAGUUUGCAAGCGGAGGAUCAUACACUGGGAAAAGAGCCGGAACGCCCAUCACACCCAGCGCCUGUUCUCUCUGUGAAGGCAUCGCGCUUUACCUAUUGCUCAGUCUUGAUGUGGUCUUUAACAUUCUAGGUGCACUGUAUGAUAGGCACACUGCUGAUUGUUGCUUGAAAGCUUUUGUAUUGAUUGUUGUACAAGUGCUAUAUCCAAUAACUAAAGAUAGAAUCAAAAAUUUUACAUUGUUUCCUUAUUCUUCUUUGUUUCCUUAUUCUAAAUUCUAAAUUAUUCCUUAUUCUUAUUCACUUUUAUUAUUUUCCUGUUUGUUUUUUGUUAAGUGUAUCUACACUGUGUAAUACGAUGAUACAAGUUUGACUUUCACUACUUUGCAAGUUAAGGAAUUUGUCUGGUUUGUUCAGACCCCAGGUUAAAUGUUGAAAUCGUCUAGUCCAAGUUUGUCAUUUGGAAUAUAAUGGACGUCAAUGGCUCGCCAUUAUAGCCGUUAAAAUAUUUAUUUUUCAAAGUUGAAUGAUUUAACACCAUAUGAAGAAUCUCAAAAGGUAAUCAUGUACUACAAUGUGCUAAACUUUGUUCGUAAAAAAAUAAUGAAAAAUAAUUGUGUUUGUAAAAAAAAUAAUUAACCUUUGUAAAUGGUAAAUUAUAGCCACUUUAUAAUUUACACUUUACACUUUUAUAAUUUAUGCUUUUUAUAUUAUCUUUUUUGUUUGCCGAAUUGUUUUGUUGUGUUUGUCUGGUCUUCUCCUUACUUUUAGCAUUUUGUUUAGAAUUGACCAUAGCAUAGUAUUU